UCUCACCGUAUUUGGCGGUCGUCUACGCUUAGAAAGGGUAAGGGAAAAAAAAAAGCGAAAACAAAAUACCGAAUCAUUUCCUCUUUUCUCUCUCUCUCGCUCAAUCCCUAGAAUUACCCCCCAAAAAAGCUACGAUUUUUAUUGCUUCGUCUCCAAUUCCUGUUUGAUCCUGAUCGCGAUCAACGCCGGAACGCCUCGAAUCGUUUAUCAGUUUUGGUAUGCUUAGCUGUUGUUGGAUAUGGCAGAGGCAUAAAUAUUAAAUUUUCAACGCGAACCUGUCUCAGCAUCAAAGAGGCCAAUUUUAAUGAAAUGGAAGAUGAUUAUGAAAUGGGUGCCGUCGAAGAUUACCUGGAUGAAGAAUUUCUUGAGGGAAGAAUAGGGCAUUCGGAAUCUGAUGAUGAAUAUGAUCGAUCUCAUGACAAUGCGUCAGAUACGUCAUCUCUACAAGCUAGGAAAGGAAAGGAUAUCCAAGGAAUAGCUUGGGAUAGGUUGAACAUUACGAGGGAAAAGUAUAGGCAGACUAGAUUAGAGCAGUACAAAAAUUAUGAGAACAUACGCAAUUCUGGAGAAGCAUCAGAAAAGGAAUGCCAACCCACGGAAAAAGGGGGUAUGUUCUAUGAAUUCCAGCGCAACACAAGAUCGGUGAAAUCAACUAUUCUUCACUUUCAGCUGAGAAAUUUGGUCUGGGCUACAUCAAAGCAUGAUGUUUUCCUCAUUUCACAUUAUUCUAUCAUGCAUUGGUCAGCAUUAACUAGUAAAGAAUUUGAAGUGAUGAACGUAUCAGGGCACGUGGCACCAUCUGAGAAACACCCAGGAAGCUUGCUAGAAGGCUUUAGUCAUACUCAAGUUAGUACAUUGGCAGUGAAGGAUAAAUUGCUUGUAGCUGGGGGAUUUCAAGGAGAGCUCAUUUGUAAAUACAUGGAUCAGAAGGGAAUAAGUUAUUGUUGCCGAACAACACACGAUGAUAAUGCAAUCACUAAUGCCAUUGAGAUUUAUGACAGUGACAGUGGUCCUGUGCACUUCCUGGCUUCAAAUAAUGAUUGCGGUGUUCGUGAUUUUGACAUGGAAAAGUUUCAAUUUGUCAAGCAUUUUCGGUUUAGUUGGCCAGUGAAUCAUACAUCACUUAGUCCUGAUAAGAAGCUUCUUGUCGUUGUGGGGGAUAACCCUGAGGGACUUCUAGUUGACGCGCAUACUGGAAAGACCGUCCAAGAAAUGCACGGUCACAAGGACUUCUCCUUUGCUUCCGCUUGGCAUCCUGACGGUCAAAUGUUUGCAACCGGCAAUCAAGACAAGACCUGCCGACUUUGGGAUGUUCGGAACCUCUCCAAAUCUCUUGCAGUACUCAGGGGGAAUAUCGGCGCAAUAAGAUCAGUCCGCUUCAGUUCUGAUGGCCGGUUCAUGUGCAUGGCUGAGCCUGCUGACUUUGUUCACAUCUUUGAUGUUGGAAGUGGAUACACUAAAAGGCAGGAGCUUGAUUUCUUUGGUGAGAUCUCAGGCAUGGCUUUUAGCCCUGAUACAGAGGCUCUUUUUGUGGGCAUAUGGGAUAGAACUUAUGGUAGUCUCCUCCAGUAUACCCGAUCUCGGACUUAUACUUAUCUUGACUCUCUACUUUGAUGUAGAAAGUUAGUGUUUGGUUCUGAAAUGGGCCAGAGUCGGUAAUACAACUGUUUCUUUUGGUUAAUAAAGGGGAGAUCUUCUCUUAGUGUAUAGUGACGUACAUUCAGCUGUGGUGUUGUACAAGACGAGGAUGUUUUCCUGUUGUAACUUUAGUUCUGUAAAGAACCAUGACUUUUUAGCAUAAAAACUUUUUUCUGCCAGGUGUUCGUGACGUUUUGAAUU